AUGGAAAGCGAGAACGUGAGCUUUCCCAAUGCUUUUCUCCUGAUGGGCUUCUCAGAGUUUCCCUGGCUGGAGAAGCCCCUCUUUGCAGUGGUCCUGGUCUCCUACAUCCUCACCCUGCUGGGGAACAGCUCCAUCAUCUUCCUUUCCCUGGUGGACCCCAGACUCCAGACACCCAUGUACUUCUUCCUGGACAACCUCUCUCUGCUGGACCUCAGUGUGACCUGCACCAUUGUGCCCCAGCUCCUGGUCAACUUGCAGGGUCCAGACAAGACCAUUACUUCAUGGGGCUGCAUCACACAGGUGUAUAUUUUCAGCUGGGCAGCUUGCACCGAAUGUGCCCUGCUGGCUGUGAUGGCCAUUGACCGCUAUGUGGCCAUCUGCCGGCCUCUCCACUACACUCUCAUCAUGCGUCCCUGGGUCUGUGUGCAGAUGGCAGCUGCCUCCUGGGCCAGUGGCCUGGCCAAUGCCCUUCUCCAAGCCACACUCACCUUCCAGCUUCCCCGCUGUGGACACCACACCCUGGACCACUUCUUCUGUGAGCUACCUGUUCUCAUUAAGCUGGCCUGUGAGGACACCUCUGCUAAUGAGCUGAUCCUUGCUAUUGGAGCUAUCCCUUUUUCAGGGGUGGCUCCUUUGCUGGUGCUCAUCUCCUACACCUUUAUUGCUAGGGCUGUACUAAAGCUGCCUUCAUCUGAAGGAAAGCGCAAGGCACUCAGCACCUGCAGUUCCCACUUGUUGGUGGUCACCCUGUACUUUGGCCCUGCCAUCUAUGUGUACCUCCAGCCUCCAGAAAAUCACACUCAGGCCAAAUUUAUGUCCUUUUUCUACUGCAUUUUUACCCCAGUGCUCAACCCACUCAUCUACACCCUGAGAAACAAGGAUGUGAAGAGAGCAUGGAAGAGGAUCCUGUAA